AUGGCCCCUAAGCAGAAACGUGAGACGGACGGCGAUUCAUCUAAGCCGCUCUCCGGUUGCGUUAUCACCGUCUGUGGCAAGUUCAAUCGAACACACCAGCAGAUCGAGAAGGAUAUCAAGACGCUUGGAGGCACCUACAAGAAAUCCUUCUCCAAGCAAAUUACGCACCUCAUAGCCACCCGGGAGUCGUACAAUAAGCCCUCCGACCUUGUUAAGAAGGCCAAAAAGCAGGACGGCUGUAAAAUCGUCGAUGUGAAAUGGCUGGAGAAGUGCUCAAAGUCCGGGUCGAAGGUCAACACCACACCGUACCUUCUCGAGCAGCAGGCCGAGAACAAAGAGGACAUCUCCGACAGUCAAACCGGCGACGAUGCCGUCAGUGAGUCCGGCAACGACUCUAGCGACGACUCUGGCGACGACUCUGGCGACAACUCUGGCGACGACUCUGGCGACGGCUCUGGCGACGGCUCCGGCGACGGCUCCAGCGACCAAGCCGAGGACGAUCUGAGAAAAAAUGAGCGGCAUAAGAAGAAAGUAAAGGGCCGAGCCCUUGAAAACAUGUACAUCUGUGCGAUUGACACUCUUAAAGACCAAAACGUGGAGCAGUUGAAAAAGGAGAUCCGCGCCUUGGGGGGGCGUUAUCAGACGAGCGUUACAAGGAAGACCACCCACCUCUGUGCAUCGCAACGCCAAUUCGACACCCUUCAGAAAGACAUCUUGUAUGCGCGUGACAACGGUGCUCUUAUCGUCAGUCUAUCGUGGCUCAACGACACGCUCUACUUGAAGGAGCUUCAAAGCACUGACAAGUACGUCCUUCGAAGCAGCGAGAAGACGAGGUCGGAGGGCAGCCCGAGGAAGAGGACGUCCCCAAAGAGUAAUCGAGAGAGCCAAGAGGAAAGCAGUGAGGACGAGGAAGAGAGUGACGAAGAGCAGCACAAGCCUCCUACCCGUUCGACCACGCACAGAGCACGGAACAGACGCAUGGCAACGCCGCCGGACUCCGAAGGUCGUCGAUCCACCACACCCGCUAAGAAGCCGGGUCUGUUCUGGAGCACCAAUACGAAAAAGCUCCUCGACAUGCCCCUGCACCCGCCCAAGGAUCCGGCACAAGUUGGAAGUAGUUUCAUCCAGCUUGUAUCCGAUCCGGACCAGAAGACGGGCUCGAAAAACAAACCACUCGACGGGCAGAUCGUGACGGAAGUGUACAGAGGGCAACUUCUGGUUGCAGCACCUGGGUUGAACAAGGAAUAUCCGGAAUCCAUGAGAGCCUUUCUCGUGCAAGGCAGUCGCUAUGCGGGACACAAGGCAAGCUUUCGGCAACUCGGCAAACUAGCCAUGCCGUCGGGCACGAAGGCUGACUUUCCGGGACUGACACUGGACAAAAUGAACGUAGUUCUUGUGGCAUCCGAUGAAGCUGAGAGGGUGUCCCUUGUGCUGUUUCUCGUUGAUGGUACGAAAUAUCUGCAGCUUGCUUCUCGCACAACUCUGAACGACAUUCUGGGCAAUAAGAAGGGAGAUCAGAUCGUGAUCGGGAGGAGACAAUUGGCCGGACAGAAUGUUCCAAAGAAGAUGAAGGCGCUCGAGGUUUCGCCUGAGGUGUGGGACAUGCUUGAGAGGAAGAACGACGGGGAGACUUCGUAG